UGAGACAGUAUGCUUCUAUUUGCAUCUGAGGGAGUUUUGUGCUACUUGGGUUUUCAUAGAAUAAGAAAGAAAGAAAAUAAUAAGGAUUUUAAUGGCGUGCAACGAGUAAUACAAUAGUAACAGUUUAAAUUAGCAACAAUUGUAUUUAAUAUGACAGUAUUAUGUUGCAGGCGCUAUGGUUGACUAUACGCAGCCUCCCCUCUGUCUCACGAGUGGUAUUAUCCCAGUCGCCCAAUCCUUACCGAGCAUUAGCGCGCGCUCGAACAAACCGUUCUGCAGGUAAUCGACAGAUGUCCAUGGAGGGAUUGAUGAUAGUAAAUAGAUAUGAGUGAAGCUAAGGAAGGCAGGCAUGAUGCCAUCUCCUCCCGGCUGGCCAGGCUGAACCAGCUGCUCAUGGGGAAAGGUCUUCCCAGGACAGGAACAUCAGUGCCUCACAAAGACGCCUUGCUGGACUCCUUCUUGGUACUCCUGGAGGAGUGCAGCUCAGAUGUUCUGGUCAAAGAUAACAAACAUGUAUCUGACUUUGUUAAAAAAUUCAAGGACAGGGCCAAGGAAGUACUGAAUCUACGUCCUUCCCUGAGUGACUUUGAGACGAAGACAGUGAUAGGACGUGGACAUUUUGGUGAAGUACAGUUGGUUCGUGAACGCUGCACAGGAGACAUCUAUGCCAUGAAGGUCCUGAAGAAGUCAGACAUCCUCUCCCAGGAAAGUGUGGCAUUUUUUGAGGAAGAACGUGACAUCAUGGCGAGGGCCACCAGUCCGUGGAUCACAUCCCUGCAGUACGCCUUUCAGGACAGGACCAGUCUGUACCUGGUCAUGGACUUCCACCCUGGAGGAGACCUGCUGAACCUGCUCGGCCGCCAUGAUGAUGUGUUUGAGGAGAAGAUGGCUCAGUUCUACCUGGCAGAGAUGGUGCAGGCCAUCCACUGUCUUCAUCUCAUGGGAUAUGUUCACAGAGAUGUGAAACCAGACAACAUUCUGAUUGACAGAACUGGGCACAUCAAGCUUGCAGACUUUGGAUCUGCUGCUAGGAUUUCCAGACACCAAACUAUUGAAGCCAGGAUGCCUGUGGGCACUCCAGACUACAUUGCCCCUGAAGUGUUAACAAGCAUGAAUGGCUCCAGGCAGGACUAUGGAGUUGGCUGUGACUGGUGGUCUCUGGGAGUUGUAGCUUAUGAGAUGUUGUAUGGAGACACGCCCUUUUCUGAUGAAUCUGUGGUGAAGACUUACAGCAACAUCAUGAAUCACAAGGUUUCAUUGAAGUUCCCUGCUGAGACAAGAGUCAGCAAAGAGGCAAAGGAGUUGAUCCAGUGUUUGUGUUGUGAGGCCAAAGACCGCCUGACUUACGAAGAAAUCACAUGCCUGCCCUUCUUUACUGGAGUGAACUGGACCAACCUCAGAGACU